UUAUAUUACUACAGAGGACAGAGGAUGGAAUGGACACAUCAUGUUCAAAUAAUUAAAAAAAAAAUUAAAGGAUAAAAGCAGAGAGCUGUAAGAUAGAAUUCCACAUACGCGACAGCAGCGGUUCUAGAGACAUCUUUGCAAGAAAACUUGAAAAUUCAAAUUUGAAAAAAUGAUUCAAGCCUUAACAGUUCUCGUUCUCUUGGUCCAGUGUUUCUGCACAAUACAAGCAGAGUUUACUUCGGAAGAAAAUCACAGAAGUCACGAUUUGAUUGAAUCGCCCAGAGGAGGUAAAAGAAAUUUUGACUUCAAUGAAGCACCAAGAGGGGGAAAAAGGAAUUUUGACUUCGAUGAAGCACCAAGAGGAGGAAAAAGGAAUUUUGACUUCGAUGAAGCACCAAGAGGAGGAAAACGAAAUUUUGACUUCAAUGAAGCACCAAGAGGAGGAAAACGGAAUUUUGACUUCAAUGAAGCACCAAGAGGAGGAAAACGGAAUUUUGACUUCAAUGAAGCACCAAGAGGAGGAAAAAGGAAUUUUGACUUCGAUGAAGCACCAAGAGGAGGAAAACGAAAUUUUGACUUCAAUGAAGCGCCAAGAGGAGGAAAAUAGACAAUAUUGAUGAACAAUUAUAAUGAAAUUAUAGUAGGCACACUUAUAUUCCAAAGCUGAAGUAGUAGAACUAAUUCCAGAGAUCAAACAUAAUACUCAUAUAUUAACAAAUAAAUUGUAAAAUAUGCGAAUAAAAAUUGAUAUCUCUUA